AAAAUGAAAAAUAGGCAAUUUAAAAAAAGUAUUUUAAUUCAAUUUUACCUAAAAUUUUAAAGAGACCCAUUUUUCAUUUUUUUACGCACCCUUUCCUGCUCUGUGAGAAGGUAACAAGCACAAUAUCCCACCGAGUUUAUUCAGACCCAUUUCAGCAAAUUAGCUCAGAUCAAGAGGUUUCUUUAGCUAGGGUCUAAGGCUUUUUGAGUCUAGUACAGUAUUAAUCUCAGUUUGCUUCAAGGAACAGCAUUCAAAUGGAGCCUGACAGGUUAAAUUCUCCAGCUACUUUUUCAAUGCCUCUUGAGGUUUUAGGCCAUGAAUUGCAGUUCUCUCAGGAUCCAAAUUCCAAGCAUUUAGGAACGACAGUUUGGGAUGCGUCACUUGUGUUUGUCAAAUUUCUGGAGAAAAAUUGCAGAAAGGGAAGGUUCUGCCCUUCUAAACUAAAAGGGAAACGUGUUAUUGAACUUGGGGCAGGUUGUGGAGUAGCUGGCUUUGGCAUGGCUUUGCUGGGAUGUGAUGUAGUGGCGACAGACCAAGUUGAAGUUUUGCCAUUGCUUAUGAGAAAUAUUGAACGUAAUACUUCAAGAAUUUUACAGAUGAAUCCUGGUUCUGAUUCAUUUGGUUCAAUUCAGGUUGCAGAGUUAGACUGGGGAAAUGAUGAUCAUAUUAGGGCUGUUGGUCCACCGUUUGACUACAUCAUUGGCACUGAUGUUGUUUAUGCAGAGCGUCUAUUGGAACCACUAUUGCAAACAAUAACUGCAUUAUCAGGACCUAAAACUACAAUUUUGUUGGGGUAUGAGAUCCGUUCUACAAAUGUCCAUGAGCAAAUGCUUCAGAUGUGGAGAAGAAACUUUGAUGUUAAAAUUGUUCCACAAUCUAAGAUGCACACCACAUUCCAGCAUCCAAGUAUUCAACUGUUCAUCAUGGGAUCAAAACCUCCAGAGAGUAAUACAGAAAACACAGAUCAGGGGAGUGGUCAAGAAAGUGACAAGGUUGAAACAAGUACGGAGGAGAAUGAUGGGAGAAGCAGUGAGGAGGAAAAAGUGACCGAUUCUGUUGGUGAUUUAGUGGAGGAAGGGUGCGAUCUAGUGACAAAACUCCCAAAUGAGAAACUAAAUGAUUUUGAAACUAGAAGAUAUGGCUCAAUGGCUGCUCGACUUCUGCGAGAUGUCAAGAUAUCUUAAAUUUCCAGGGCAUGCCUUUGUGAAGUCAACCAAAGGUUGGAUCCAAAGUUCUGAAGAAAUCAGAUGUAUGCAAGGAUGCACAACGAAAGUCUUGCAUCUGCUACCGAGGAAAAGUGGAGGGAUGGAUAGACAGAAAGACAAUAUCAAUGAACUUGUUUUUUGUUUUAAGAUCUAUGGUUUACUUUACGUUUUAGAUAGGGAUUUGAUGGGUUAUUUUCAAUUCCUAACUAGGGCAGUACUUCUCACACCUUGUUACUGAUGUUUGUUUAAAAAUGCUUUUAGUUAAAGGUAUUAAUUAAGCAUUUGUUUGGAGCCUA